AUGAACAUGCCCGUCAAGAUGUUAAUCUUUAUUUACCGCAACCCCCGCCUGACACCGGAAGAAUUCAAGAAGUACUACGAAGCGCACGUCAAACUCGUCAAGAAGCUGGCAGGCGCGGAUUUCCCCCUUUCUCAUCAUCGAAAUUAUAUCGCCCGCAAUACAGUCGACAUUCCCCCGGAUGGCUCCACCGCGCGCAAUGCCUUCACCCCGGCGACGAUACUCCGCGGGCGACAGCCAGAGUUCGACUUUGACGCCUACGCCGAACUUACUUUCGCGGAUCAGGUUGCCUACCAGGCCUUUGCGGCCAAGACCUAUGCCCCGGAUGCCGCUGCCCAGAUAACUGCUGACGAGGACAAAUUUCUGGAUCGGUUGAAGCUGGGAGUUGCCUUGGUAGGGGAGGUGAGAGUUACUGUGAAAUGA